AUGCGAUGUCGAUCAUUCAUCGUUGGUCUAGUCCUGCACACACUUAUUUUGUUAGUUGCUAGCAGUUCGUUGCGGUUGAUUGAACCGCCGCGAUUCCUUAGCAAGAAAUCAUGUCGCUUUCCUGGUGAUGGAUGUAACUGUAUCGUUCGCCUUCGAGGCGAGUGCUGUUGCAAAGGAAAUGAAGUCACUUCAUUGCCGACGAAUCUCACGACCACUAUCAAAGUCCUGGUCAUGUUCAAUGUCAGUAUCACAGCGAUGGAAUCGGAUUUUUUUGAGAACUAUACGAAUUUGGAGGAGAUUGAGAUAUACGAAACACCUCAUCUACACUCCUUUGAUGGCAAUUCCUUGCAGCACCUGGUCCAUCUGCGAAAAUUCUCAAUAACGAGCUGCAGAAAUUUGGAAGAAAUCUCGGAAGUGCUGCUGCAGAAGAACUUGAAGAUUCAGUCAUUAAUUCUUCGAGAUAAUGGAUUGAAACGUAUGCCUAGCUUGGAAAUGACAGAAGAGCAUAAAAUGGAUAUACAGUACAUCGGCGAUGGUCGUGUGAGAUCUGUCAGAGCGCGAAGUUUGCGUCUAAACAAUAAUAAAAUCAAGGAAAUAGCGGGGUACGCAUUCGCAGGAAGCAAUUUCUUCAAGCUAUCCUUGAGCAACAACGAGGAACUCACUGCUCUUUCAACCGAUGCCUUCAAGGGAAUCACAGAAAUCCAUCACCUAGAUUUAUCAGACACUUCCAUCACCCAACUGCCAAUCAUUGGUUUGAAAAACCUCAAGACCUUGGCGCUCAGAAAUGUGCCAACACUCAAGAAGCUGCCACCAGUGCUAAGCUUUACUCAUCUAGAGACUGCACAUUUUACGUAUCCGCAUCAUUGUUGCUUAUUUAAGUACGUUGACGAUGUUGUCGAGGGAGAAAAUGGUUUGUACAAGCAAAAUGCAAGGGAAAUACAUCAUAGAAUAUGCAAGCAGAGAGAAGCGAGAAGAUCAAGAAGACAGGCUAACAGCCUUUUUCAGGUGACGAAUUCCUCUAUUACCCCGUCAAACAGCGAUCUUUGGUCAAACCUUUUCGAGCAAUGGCUGAGAGAUGCGGAUGAGCUUCUCGAUGAUGAUGAUGAUCCACCGGCCUUUGAUCCAUCAGAAAUCGGAGCGACUCGUUGUUUGGCGGUUGAGGAAGUUGCUACAGUGCAAGGGUUUUACCAGAAUAUCACUUGCACUCCUCAACCCGACGCUUUCAAUCCAUGUGAAAAUAUCGUAGGAAUUGGCAUCCUUCGUCGCGCCAUUUGGCCUGUUUGCUCAGCAGCUAUUGUUGGCAAUGUUCUGGUUUGGGUGAUACUAGCGUUGGCUUUUGAGAAACGAAUGCGGGUUCACUAUUUGUUUAUGAUAAAUUUGGCUAUAGCUGAUUUCAUAACUGGCGUAUAUCUCGCUGUACUUGCUGUGCAAGAUGUUCUUACUGGUGACGAGUACUACAGACAUGCCGUUGGGUGGCAGACUGGAUGGGGAUGCGGAAUAGCUGGUUUCUUAGCGGUGUUUUCCUGCGAACUCAGUAUUAUUUCAAUGUUCUUUAUCGCUUUUGAAAUGGCUUAUAACACCAGAAAUGCUUUUUAUGGACAACGAUUGCGCUUUUCUGCUGCUCUAGGUAUGAUGGCAGGAGGAUGGAUAUUUGCUUUGACCAUAGCCACUCUUCCUCUAAUUGGAGUCUCAAGCUACUCUACAGCUAGUAUCUGUCUCCCAUUGAGACUUCACAACAUUGCGGACAGGGCGUAUCUUAUCUUCUUCCUGUUAUUUAAUCUAUUCGCUUUUCUGGCUAUGGUGAUCUGCUACGGGUUUUUGAUGUUCAUGUUAAAGGACCCAAGUACGCCAUCCAGAGCUGAAGAUAAUCUAAUUAUAAAGAAAAUGGUGUGGCUAGUAGGCACCGACUUUCUGUGCUGGUUUCCAACAUUGUUUUUUGGACUUUCCGCCGCCAUGAGCCAUCCUUUGAUCUCAAUUAGUAGCGCCAAAAUAUUUCUUGUGUUCUUCUUUCCAAUAAAUGCCUCUGCAAAUCCGUUUCUAUACGUGUUUUUCACGAAGAUUAUCCAAAGAAAUGUGAAAACAAAAGCUUUGCCGGUACUGAGGCGAAUUACAAGUACAUCUGGUGUAGCUCUCAACACGCUGUCCAACUUUUACCAUUCACAACCACCAGGAAAGCGAGGAGAGGUGGGCAGCCCUACUCGCUUGGGUGUCAGUCAGACGACUUUGGUCAGCACGACUCCUCGUGGCUCUAUCCGCUCAAGUAUGCCCACUAUGGACACAUACAUGUGCGAUACACCGAGGAGGUCGACUCCGAGAGUAUCAUUUCAAGACAAUGUCUCCUAUUGUUCGCGUCCAUCCUCAGACUCAGCACGUCAAUCAUUUGGCUGGCCCAAAAAGGUUUCCUUCAUUCCUGAGGUUUCUGAUUUGUCUGAGCACUCCAGCGAAAGUCAGCAUGAACAUAUACCAACACAAACAUUACCAGCAAGAACAGAGAGCCAACGCUUCGUUUUGAACUUGAACCGCUUCGGUUUUGGUCGUCUCCGACAAACCAGUGGAGGUACUGAUUCAGGAAGAGGCAGUCUUGCUUCUGUGUUGACGCGCGAUACCGGAGAGCGCACAUCGCUGACAAGCCGUGACGGUGCCGCCAGUGACACGGACGCUGGUGUCACGACGAAGUUCAUAUUUCCACCGUCACCACCGUCAACGUCAUCGGAAUCAAACUCAGUCAGUUCACGGCGAUUGUCAUGGAUGCCACGACUGCUUAGCCGACAACGAGCGAAUUCGUUGAUCAAACCACAGUUGGUCGUGUCCGACUACACGGACGAAGAGACGAAGCUAUAACUGUUAAUCAAACAGCCUUGAUCUUCAUAUGAAUUUUGAAUCUCACCUCACCUAGUCAAAAAAUUUUGCUGUGAUUCUGGACUGAUUUUUCAUUUGAAUCGGUCACUGUUACAUUGUACCCUAAUUUCACGCGUAUAAGGCGCACUUUUUCGAAUUUUCAAGCGA